GGAAGCAAGACUGCAGGGGUGAUCCUGCAGCAGUUGGAGGGAAGUUCUCAGGGAACAGUCCUGGAAAAGUGCAGAGAUAGGGAAUGUUGCAUACGUGUCCCUGUGUUCAAGGCUUUUGUGACAAAGGGAGGAAAAUGGGGCCUCCUGUGCUGUCUUCUGUUUGGUGAUGUUUGGAGGUACAAAGCAGGCUGAUAAGGAGGAGGCGUGGGCUGGGGCUGCAUGGGACACAGCUGAGGAGGGUGACCCAAUCACAGUGGCAACCCCCUUGGUGCUGAGGCCAAGCAGCAUGUUCCUGAAGAUGCCGCUGCUUUUGGGGCUCAUUGUGCUGGGCACUCAUGUCUGGACAAUUCAAAAAGAAUUUGUUGACAUUAGUAAGAAUGAUGAUUAUUUUAUGGGUUCAGUGGAGUUUGCCAUGGCUCAGUUCAAUGAGAACAAUGUGGAAGAGGAUGCAUACAAGUUGUUGGAGGUCAGGAGAGCCCAGCAAAAGAGGUGGACAAUGAUAUUUUUAAUGGAUUUGGAGAUGGGCCGCACAAUUUGUAAAAAACAUGAAGAUAUUGAUGAAUGUCCCUUGCAAGAAGCACCAGGAGAUAAAAAGGUGCUCUGCACUUUUAUUGUGGAUGCCCGCCCUUGGUUUUCCCAGUUCCUGCUCUUGAACAGCACCUGCCUGCAACUAUAGAUGCAAAGGAGUCCCGAUUUCUCCCAGCAGAAGUCCAUUUUCCUCUGGAGAAGGACAGUCUGUAGUCCUAGAUGUGUAAAGCACCAGGGGGAAUUAAAGGCAUUUGGAGAAUUUUUGGCGU